AGAAGUGCAGGAUUUGUGAGGAGGGAGACGGGAACCAUCGGCUCAUCUCGACCCGGCCUGACACCAUGCACAGCCCCGGGGUCCCCUUUCUGCUGUUUUGGCUUGUCUGGGGCCAGACCUGCGCUCUCUGCGGGAAAGUGAACAAGCACAAGCCAUGGAUUGAGACAUCGUACCACGGUGUGAUCACAGAGAACAUGGACACGGUGCUGCUGGACCCUCCGCUGGUGGCCAUAGACAAGGACGCCCCUGUCCCCUAUGCUGGGGAGAUCUGUGCCUUCAAGAUCCACGGUCAAGCGGCUCCGUUUGAGGCGGUGGUCCUGAAUCGCACAUCGGGGGAAGGGGUCCUGAGGGCCAGUGGCCCUGUGGACUGUGAAAGCCAGAAAGAGUACACCUUCAUUAUCCAGGCCUACGACUGUGGAGCUGGUCCCAGCGGGGCCGACUGGAAGAAAUCACACAAGGCAGUGGUUCACAUUCAGGUGGACGAUGUCAAUGAGUUUGCUCCAGUGUUUCGAGAGCCAGAAUACAAGGCGUCGGUAACAGAGGGCAAGAUCUAUGACAGCAUCUUGCAGGUGGAAGCCUGGGACCAAGACUGUUCACCGCAGUACAGCCAGAUCUGCAACUACGACAUCGUCAGUGCAGGGACGCCAUUUGCCAUAGAUCGCAAUGGCAAUAUCAGAAACACAGAGCGACUGAGCUACGACAAGCAGCAGAGCUACAAGAUUAUGGUGACGGCCUAUGACUGUGGCCAGAAGAGAGCGAAAGAGAGCGUUGCCGUGCAUAUUGAUGUCAAGCCUGUCUGCAAACCUGGAUGGCAAGGUUGGAACAAGCGUGUCGACUAUGAGCCAGGGACCGGGAGCAAGCAGCUGUUCCCCAAGAUGCACCUGGAGACAUGUGGUGGUCCUCUGUCCGGGGUGAGGGCCAUGGUGGAGCUGCAGACCAAUCACAUCGGGAAAGGCUGCGACCGUGAAACUUACUCGGAAAAGUCUCUGCAGAAACUCUGUGGCGCAGCAUCAGGUAGCACCGACCUCCUUCCCGCCCCCAGCCCAUCCACCAACUGGACGGCGCCUCUGCUGACCGACAGUGGGCGAGACAGUGACCUCAUCUAUCGAUUUGAUGGGCACCAGGCAGCCAAUGUUCCAGAUCAGGUGGUGCCGCAGAAUCUGACAGACCAGUUCACCGUAGCGACAUGGAUGAAACAUGGGCCCAGUCCAGGACUCAGAGCUGAGAAGGAGACACUGCUCUGCAACUCUGAUAAGACCGAAAUGAACCGCCACCACUACUCUCUGUAUGUUCACAACUGCCGCCUGGUAUUCCUGCUCAGAAGAGAUUUCACUCAGGUGGACACAUUCAGACCUGCUGAGUUCCACUGGAAACUGGAGCAGAUCUGUGACAAGGAGUGGCACUACUAUGUGAUCAACGUGGAGUUUCCCGCUGUGACGCUAUUUGUGGACGGCGUGACCUACGAACCCUACCUGGUGACGGACGAUUGGCCGAUCCAUGCCUCAAAGAUUGACACCCAGCUGACAGUGGGGGCCUGCUGGCAAGGCGGUGAGGUCACGACUCCGAGGUUCACACAGUAUUUCCGAGGCAGCCUGUCAGGUCUGACCAUCCGGCCAGGCCGCAUCGAAACCCAGAAGGUUAUCUCCUGUUUGCAGGCCUGCAAGGAAGGCCUUGAUAUUAACUCCCUUGAAAGCCUAGCUAAGGACAUCAAGUUCCAUUUUAACCCAGCCCAGUCAGUGCUUGUGGUGGAAGGUGAGGAUCUGGACAGCAUCAACACAGCCAUGACCAAGGUCUCCUACAUCAAUUCUCGCCAGUUUCCCACCCCAGGUCUCCGAAGGCUCCACAUCACCACCACAGUGCAGUGUUUUGGGGAGGACAUGUGUCUCUCUAUCCCAGAUAUCAAGGCAAUAGUGAUGGUCCUGCCUCCCAGUGAGCCGCGGAUCACCAUCACAGGAUCGAAUCGACUCGUCAGGCCUGCCAGUGACCUGCGGGGCCCGAUGGGCGUCUCCCCCUUCAAGGAGCUACGCAUCACCAGCACCGUGAUCAAGGGACACAGCUCGCCAUUCAGUGGAUCCCACAGGCCAGGUGUGAUGGAGGUGAUGCAUAACCUGGACUACUGUGAUAUACUGGUGAUUGGGGAGGAACUGAAUCCUGAGAGAGAGAGUCUGGAGAUUCAUCACAAUGCUCUGCUGGGAAAACACCUGGACGCCACCAACUCCACCUCAGGAAUAUCAAUAUAUGGUGUGGACUCCAUGGCCCACUACGAGCAGGCACUGAGACAGGUGCGCUACAGGAACUGGCGACCUGCCACCCUGAGUGAGAGGAGGUUCAGGCUUACUUGCUCCGAACUCAAUGGACGGUACACCAGCAACGAGUUCAAUUUGGAGGUCAGUGUUCUUCACCACUCAGCACCCGUGGAGCACGUCAAUCACAUGGCUGCCCAGUCCCAGUACCUGAGACCUGUGCAUCAUCCGCUCAUGAUACACACUCUCAACUCACACAUGUCAGGCACAGCUCCUCCGGCAGCGACCGUGGUCAUCGUGGUGUGUAUCGCAGCCCUGGUGGUGAUCGUGGUGUUCGGCAUCUACAGGAUCCACGCGACACAUCAGGAGGGAUUCAGAGAAGAAGAGGAGGGGGUCAAGGACACUGAGGUGGACUGGGAGAACUCUACACUCACCAUCACUGUCAACCCCAUGGAGAACAUCGGUGGGCCCCAGACUCUGGAAGAGGUAAGAGAGGAAGAGCAUGAGGAGGAGGAAGAGGAGGAAGAGGACGUACAGAUCGGGGGAGUCUCGAGUGCCGAGUCGGACAACAGUGAUGAGGACGAAGAGGAGGAAGAUGAAGAAGAGGACGAGAGAGAAGAACAGAAGCAGAAGGGAAAACUUGAGUGGGACAAUUCCUCCGUAACAUAUUGACCAGGCACACACACACACACACACAAACACACACACACACACACACACACACACACACACACACACACACACACACACACACACACACAUGCACACACACACACACACACACACACACGCUGUUAACCAUUUCUCUCCAUGUCUUGCUCUCACACACACACACUCAGACACCCCAUCUCAUACUGUCAUACAUGCUCGCACACAAAUCCACAGACACAUAAACACAAACACACACCAAACUCCAGAUAAAAUAAUUUACAAUCUGCUGUGAGAACAUUACCCUCUCAACCGUUUCAUGUCACCAUUUUUAAUGUAACAUCCCCCUCUGCUGGACAAAGUUAGAACUACCACCAAACCAGCCGCAGUCCCACAGUGUUGGAAACACUCUGGAGACCACAAACAUUAUUCAUGUCACAACAAAUGAAGCAGAGCAAAAUUGAAUGCCCAAAAAUCAAACUCCUCUCUGUGGCUCGUUUAUAUCUGCAGAAAUAGUUGGAGAUUUUCUGAUUCAGUCAGUCCAAACUGUGAUUUUAAGUACUGAUCAUUAAAAAAAAAAAAAAAAACUUUCUGAGCCAAACAAUCUGGAAAAGGGAUGUGCUGACACAAAAUUUCUUUCUUGCAUUAACGCAGGGAUGUUGUGUUUCUCUGUAACAUGUAAUACUUGCGAUGACAUAUGUUCUCGGGUUGCUUUUGUGUUGUUUUAGACUCUUUUGUUAAGAUAUUUCUUAUUUUUUUAUUAGACUGGCUGAGCGGUUGGUGAAUUGCCAUUAAAAGAAGAUUAAUAUAAUAGUGAGGUGUAUCUACAAACUGAGUUUAACAUUUUAUAUCUUAUUUCUUUGGUCGUUUUGGUUGUUUGGUUGGUCAGUUUCUUUCUUUCUCUGCUUGCUUCUCCCUUGAUAUGAUGAGAAAGAAAGCAACUACCCAGUAGCCUGCUUGUAUGUUUUUAUAUAACUCCUUUUGGCAAAGUAGGUAUAGCGUAGCUGUACUGCCAUUCAUGUAUAGCCUCUGUUCUCUUUUACCCUAACAUGUCUGUUCUCGGAGGUCUGUGUGAUCAGUGCCAGAUUUCCCCAAAUGCAUCUUAGUGCUAUGGUUCUUAGCUCUUAGAUACUUAAGGGAAUCAAAAUCCCCGGCAAGUUAUCUCGUAGCAUAAAUGUAGGUUCAACACGUUUCAUCUUCAUCCUUACAUAUAUACAAAGCGGAGUUUAGCGCAGUGCUGUUGAGUGGGCCCUAUCCUCCAUCCAUAGUCUCCCAAACACAUCUUAAUGCUAAAAUAAACAUUCUUCCAUCAGGAGCUGGUGGAAAAAGAUCAUUUUAGUGCUAAAAUGCUCUGGGAAACAAUAGGUGAUCUAUGUCUUCUACCAAUAUCCAUACUGUGGCCUAACUUUGCCUUUGAUAUUUGAUUCUAGCAGCCGCAGUAUCAGUCUGCUUUUCUAGUGGGUGUAAUGAAAUGAGGGUAUUGGUUAGUGAGAGGUACUCCGUCUUUCUUUCUUUUUCUUUUUUUUUUUUAACUCCAUGAAUCAUCCCACUCUGACAGAGAAGCCCAGUAAUAAUUUAUCCAAGGUCAAAGAUGUAACAAGCUUGGUUGGUUUAAGAGAAGCCUAGCGUAGAUUUUAAGACUAAUAAGACGGGAUGAAUGUGUAUUUUAUUGGUGUUAUGAAGUGAUCACCUCCCAUCACAGGUGAGGUGCUGCACCACAACUAGAAGCAUAAAAGCAAAGUGUCAUUGAUGAUGAUUCCUCCUAAGGAUAUAAGUAGCCGAGGCCAGUUUUCCUGCCUUGGUUGUGACAUCAUUAUAAUAGAUACUACAUAUGCUAAGAUCAAAUUAAAUUCCAUAGUAAACUUUUGCAAAUCCAAAUGUGGGGUUCAUUCUCAAAGGAUAUAAAAAUACAAAAAGUACAAAUCCCUAUCACACUGGCCAUUUCUAUCCAGAGAAAUUACUUCCAGUCCCUCAGUUUCUCAGAUCUGGAGCGUCAGUGACUUUUACUCCUCAUGAGGUUUGUAACAGGUACUUCCUCUAAUCACCUCAUUCCUCUGUUGGCCCUUAAGCACCUGUGAUCGUGAUGUCAUCAUUGUGAGACAGCUGAUUCCCUUCCCUUCUCCCCUCACCAUAUUGUGCAUCGUGCAAACAUUUAGAGAAAAGAUUCUUUUAAAUAUGAAAACAGAGCUUGUAAAAAUGUUCAAGACAGUUAUUUUAUAUAUCUGUUUCUUUUUCUUUUUGUAAACAAAAUGUUUGGGAUUCCUCUCUCUCAAAUGGUCAUCCCAGUGCUUUCUGUAUAUUGACCAAUAAAGACUUGUUUUAGAAUCGA